AGCAACGUAGAAGUAUUCUUCAAAUAGUCAAGAUGGAUCAGAUGCUUCCAAGUCCUGGAUUCAGUAUCCCUAGUAUAGGAACGCCUUUACAUCAGCCUGAAGAAGAUCAGCAAAUUUUACCCAAUGCUCUUCAGCAACAGCAGCAACAACAACAACAACCCUCACAACCAUAUCAGGUGCAACCUAUGCAUUCAAUGAAUUCUGCCGGGCAAACUGGAAUACUGAUGAACACUCCACACAAGCAAAUGCAUACAUAUGCACCAACUCUAGCGUUUGCUACGCCACAGAGUUUAAUGCAACCUCAGACUCCGCAAAACAUGAUGUCUCCUAUGGUACAACCUGCAAGCCAAAUUGCUCCACCAUCGAUAUGCCCUUCAACACCAGGACCAAUGACUCCUAUGACACCAGCUUCUGCAGAUCCAGGAAUUUUGCCCCAAUUACAGAAUAUCGUAUCGACAGUAAAUUUGAAUUGCAAAUUGGAUCUAAAGAAAAUUGCUCUUCAUGCAAGAAAUGCAGAAUAUAAUCCGAAGCGAUUUGCUGCGGUAAUUAUGCGAAUUCGAGAACCCCGAACGACUGCCCUUAUAUUUAGUAGUGGAAAAAUGGUUUGUACUGGUGCAAAAAGUGAAGAGGAUUCUCGCCUUGCUGCUAGGAAGUAUGCGCGUAUCAUACAGAAGCUUGGUUUUCCGGCUAAAUUCUUGGACUUCAAAAUUCAAAAUAUGGUAGGCAGCUGUGACGUUAAAUUUCCAAUUAGAUUAGAAGGAUUGGUAUUAACUCAUGGUCAGUUCUCUUCAUACGAACCAGAAUUAUUCCCUGGACUUAUUUACCGAAUGGUUAAACCACGUAUUGUGCUACUAAUAUUCGUAUCUGGCAAAGUCGUGCUCACCGGUGCUAAAGUAAGACAGGAAAUCUAUGAGGCUUUUGAUAACAUAUAUCCUAUUCUCAAAAGCUUCAAGAAACAGUGACAUGAUCUGAAUGUGGACUUUAUUAUCAUUGACUUAAUCUGUACGGGAUCCCCACGUUCCGUUCGAUGGAAGUUCUGUAUUGUGAAGGAAGUACAAGUAAAGUGAUUCAAUAUUUUUAUUUGUACUCCAGUUCAUCAAGUACUUUAUGGUGGGAUAUAAAAUAAACACUUUAGUACUACCGAAUGUUCAAUGCCAGAUUGUUGACAUCUAACUAUUAUAUCGAUCUUGUUCUUUAACUGCGAUAAGUUCAAAUGUGCUUUGGAAAAUUGCACAUGUCUCUUUGACAAAA